GCAAGAAGGCAAAUAAAACAGACUACGUUCAAAAGUAUCAGUGUUUUCUUGGAUCCUGGCACUGCCAUUUCGGUUUUCACUUUCACGUUUUGCAGCGUUCGGCGUUAACACAAGCGCCCAAAUGAUGGUUAGAAAGACAUUGUUUGGUUUGAUAUUGAAUUCCUAACAAUCUUUGAAGAGGAAAAGAAAAUGUGGCCUAGCCGGGCCGACUAUGGAAGCCGAUGCAAUCCAGAAGAAGUUGGAUUGUUACAUUCUCACCGCGAAAAUUUCGAAGAUAAAUGCGAACCAAAUAACUGCAAAGGGAAAGGUUAACUGUAAUAAUGAAUUAUCAACGUCAACUCUAGCUCGCAUAUCGGAUAUCAAACGCCUAGAUGAACGGCUCUUGACAAGGCUUGAUUACUGGAUAUAUGGCCAAUUAUCAACCGACCUCAGCGGAGACUUGUCAUUUGGAACCAUUGCGAAUGAUUCGGAUACGUUACAGACAUGGGAGUUUAAUCUAAAACCAACAGAAAAAAUGGAUGGGGCAAAAUCGUCAGAUACUUUAGGAAUUCAUGAAAACCAGGUUGCUAGAUCUUUGAGCUCCGUAAAGCCAAGAUCAGCUGAGCCAAAACGUUCCAAACCAUGGAGAAAGGGUGUAGGUCGGAAGGAACCUGAGAGCAUUUCUAUGUUCGCAUAUAAUAUUAAAUCUGGAAUUGAUGACGAUAGCUUAUCAACAGGUGCAAUAUUAAAAAAGCACAUGGUGUCCAAAUUUGGAACCUUGAAUAAAAGAAGGUUGAAAAUGUUUUUUACAAAAGACAAGGAAGACGAGAACUCUGAUGCCAAAAGUAGAAAGAGUAUUAAAAGUCAACCAAAUAUAGACGCAAAGUCAGCUUCAGUGAAGCCGAAAGCACUAUUUAAACUAAUGAAAAGGGGCCAAAAGCAUUCCUUGGCUGAAGGCCCCGAGGUUGACAAUAACAUUGUAGGUCUUCGUAAGAAAGCAGGGACAAGGCCCAAGUCAAUGAUGUAUGACUUUGACUUCGAUGAUAUCACAAUUACAACCAAGAGUAGCUCAGAUAGAGACAGUAAUCUACCAGAGGAUGAAGAAUGUAAGCGGAAAACUUUUAGAGAGAGAUUGAAGAGCAUGCCAAUCUUUUAUGUCCCUUCAUCUAAAAAGGACCGAAUAAAGAUUUUUAAAUAAGAGAUAUAACAUUGCAAAAUAAUUGAUAUAUAAUGUUGUUAUUGUCCCUAUUAAGACGAACAAAGUAAGAAAAGACACUGGAGUAUGAUAUCAAAAAUUGUUGAUAAGUGGCAUGUUUAAUCUUUUCGAAAGCACAUAUCGAUUUGCAUGCACUGCCAUUUUCUUCUGUUUGAUUAACUUCAUAUUAUGUAUAUUUUAAGUUACAUAUAUAUUUGUAUAUCUAAUAUGAUACAUAUUAUAUGAGUGUCAUACUUUCCCAAAGCAUCAACGUUUUUCUUAGGAUAAAUUUUAAAGGGUGGCCUGUUUGUAAAACAUAGUUGAAAUCGUUUUGUGAGUGUACAAUCUGAUUGAAUAGCUGACAUAUAAAUCUUUUAUAAAUUUGUAUGGGUAUUAUCAAGAAGCAUUAAGUUUCAGUUGGGUGCAAUUUGCUGUAGCAGGGAGACCUCUGAUCCUCUUGUAGCACGGUCAACUCUGGAUAUUUGUUUUGUUCUAUUCUUUUCCUAAUCUAACUGAAGACAAAAACAUACAGAUUAGCUUGAUAUAAGCAUUUUUCUUCUCAUAAACUUGGAUCUCAGUAAUAUUACUUUAAGCUGAACAAACCAACUCAUAUGCUGCGAUCUUAUAUUGGUUUCUUAGAUUCAAAGUUCGCAUAGCUUCAGAAUGAUUAUUCUCAAUGCCAUCAUCUUGUUCAUUUGCUGUAAAAAUUACAAUCAGAACACUUACUGUUCAUCUAAAAAGAAACCCUAGAAAAUGCAUCCCUUUGAAACAUUCAAUAACAGAUAUUGGCGUUACAAACUCGGAAGAAAAAUGCAUUUAAUAUCGACUUUAUGGCAAUCGGUAGUUAACGAUUUUAGGUGUAAAGGUCUUGACUUUAAAGUGGACUUGACUGUUUAUAAAAGUUUUGCCGAGAAAAUUUUUUGCAUUCAAAUCCUUUUAAGUCAUGUAGAAGAAAUCUUGAAAGCAAUCGAAUUUCACGUAUAUCAUAGCGAAUAUCACCCAUGAUGGCCUAUUUUGUAGGCAUAAAAGGCCUACCGUUCCUUCUUUUAAUGCAAAAUGAAUAUGUAGACAAUUUCAGAGUAGCGAGCUAGAUCUAAAAAAUUUAUUAUUUUCUAAUAUAUUUCUUUUCAAUAUUCUUCUAAUCUUAUGAUGUAAUCUAAAUGUUAAUCAUACGAGUAUAGUCACAUUGCCAUAGCCAGUUCUCUUUUUGAAGGCCAGUCCUCAUGAUUUAACAAUGUUUACGAUAUCCUUGCCUUAUUUAUUGCCAAAGGGAAAAAAUCAUUAAUUCAUUCAUUUAACGCGGUUGACAAGCACAGUAAUUUUUUAUAGAAAAAAUGAUAGAGGUAGAUUGAUUGAUAGCUAGUACACAAAGUCCUCUUUCUAGGUUGUCUUUUUGGUUCUUCCUGUUCUUCUUGGCGUCUUCUCCUUUGCGUCAUUCCACUUCUUACGAUCUUCAGCAUUUUCUUUUUCGCAGCCUUUUUUUUGAGACCUUUUUUGACGACGUAGGCGAUGUUGUGCUUUGGUCUUCCUUUUCUCAUUUUUCUUCGAGCUUUUAUUUCUUCGUACUUCUCCUUGCCUUGUUUCGCAGGUCCUCCAUGUCGCAAGGUAUGCCCCAAAAAGGCCCACCUUUUUUGUCCAUCUCCUCG